CGCAAGAGGGCUGACCGAUUCCGCCAAUGAUGUGAUUAAUGAUCAGAGAACUGUAGGUGCAUCUCAGUGGCUCGAGUAGCAAAUUGAAUACCCUAACUCCUAUGUCACGGCAAGGGAAUGCAAGACGCGAGACCGAAUUGGAGCGGCCGUUGCCACCAACAAUGUAUUAUCGGACAGCGGCGAGAUUGAGAAAGGGAACGGUCAAUCGAUGGGAUGUAUGGUAUGGGAGAAGCAUAUCUGCGUCUUCAGUUCUGGUCAGGAGCCUUGGCUGACGCGGAACUCGCGGAGUCUACCACGCGGCUCUCGAAGGAACAUCGCGAUAAGGCGCUAUACAGAGCGGCGCGUGCGCAAUAUGCCAGAGGCAACUAUGAAGCUGCAGAAACGAGGUUCACAGAGUGGCAUCGCUCACAUCCAGACGACAGAGACGUUCUGGAAUGGAUUGCUCGCUCACGAGAAAGAUUGCGGGAAAGUCAAAAUGGGAGCUACGAUUGGCUCAAGUUACUUAAACAGUCCGAAAAGUGCACACGCCUCGACGUUGCCGACUAUCGAGGUCCGAUACAAGUGACGCAAUUGCAAGGCCGCGGAGGAGGUCGAGGUGUUGUGGCCAGCAAAGACAUCUGCGUGGGUGAGCUCCUCCUUGUAUCAAAGCCAUUCAUUUCCGUCUUUGAAGACGACUUGCGGGGCAACGUGAUACAACUUGCCGCAGACAUGCUCUCCUCGAAACUCAAGACACGAACGCAAAGCGCUGCAGUGGCUUUUGUAGCCCAGAAGCUGUAUGGCAAUCCGGAUCUACACGAUCAUGUCUUUGGUCUCUAUGCUGGUCCUGACUAUCCUGCGCCCCCAUCUUCCUAUCCUCCUGAGGUUUCCAAGGCAGCUCGUGCUGUAGAUCCCCUCUAUCCCAGCACUGACAUCGACAUCGCGCAGCUGGAUGCGAUCUGCACAUAUAAUGCUUUCCAGGCGAUGCCCAUCCGUCCUAACGACGUGCAGUCACAAGGAUUCGAGAAACCGACGGCAUUGCACUUACUCCCCUCGCUGUUCAACCAUUCUUGCGUACCAAAUGCCAUCUGGAAUUGUAUCGGCGAUGUCAUGGUUGUAAGGGCAAUGGACACGAUCUCAGCUGGAGCGGAGAUCACAAUGCCAUACUCUCUGGAGCCAUCCUACGUACAACGCGAGCAUGCGCUGCGCGACCACAUGCUAUCAGGCUGUGAUUGUUGGCUCUGUAACGCCGACCGAGCUGACGGUGAUACUGCUCUCCGGCGCAGAGACGCGUUGGAGGACAAGUACCGUCCUAGCACGCUGCGGUCGACUUCAUUGUCUCUUCUAAGCAAGUGGGAGAAAGAUUUCCUCUCGACGUACCACACAUCGAGAGGCCCAGUGCGACCGAGCAUGUAUGCGCCUCACGUCUUGUUAGCGGAGAAGUUGUGGUCCUCGCAUGCGUCGAACUCAUUUCGCGAAUCGAUAGACGAGAAUAUGAAGGCGCUGACUUGUCUGGGAUACAAAAUUCAAACCAACAAGUCACAGCCCACAAAAGGAAACUCGAAGCGGAAAGGGAUGGGAACACUCCCGAUCGAGAGGAGCCGUAUACCAACGAGCACCGCCCACCAAUUCGCGAUAGUAGUGAUGCUGAAGCUGAUUCUGCUGUAUACCCAAGUGAAUGACAAGGUCAAUGCUACGAAGUGGCUCAAGGCCGCAAACUGGGGUAAAUCUCUCUCGGUUGCUCGGUGCGCUCACCAAAGCUGACAUUCUCCGCUGUCUUUAAGUGACGACCACAGUCGUUGGCGGUGACAAGCGUGUCUUCUUGUACCUUUAUGACGCGGAGUUGAGACAGUUGAGUUUAUAUGAGUUUGCAGAGAGAACCUUGUAGUCGCGGUUGCACCUGUGCUGUCAUCCAAUCAAUAUUUCUCUUUUGUCUACGUACUCAGAUUGCUUUGAUAUCUCUCAGGCAGGGUAGAUUCCUGACCAGCUGCAUAGAUAGCUUUGCUUAGUUCUGCGAUGCAAUCAAGAUCUGCCAUUUUCAUGCCAAGUCUGUGCGGCCAGGGCCGAUAAGAGCUCGUACCGGUGAGGAAUUA